ACUCUGCUCAUCGAUCUCUGUGCGAACUGCAAAGACGCCAUGAGAAAACCAGCGUUUACUUCGAUUGCUCACAAGAAACCUGAAGCGCAGUUGCAAGUUGCGAAGAAACGCAACGGAAAUCCUAAUGUGGUGAAAGAAAAAUCAAAGAAGAAAGAUUCUGGUGCUCCGAAAAGACCAGCUGGAGCGUUCUUCGUUUUCAUGGAGGAGUUCAGGAAGACGUAUAAAGAGAACUUUCCUGAUAACAAAUCCAUUUCUGCUGUUGGGAAAGCCGGCGGAGAAAAAUGGAAAUCAAUGACUGAUUCUGAGAAGGCUCCUUAUUUCGCCAAAGCUGCAAAUAGAAAGGCCGAAUAUGAAAAGGCUCUGGAAUCAUAUAACCAGAAAGCUAAUGGCGCUGGAGAAGGAGCAAAGGAAGACGAUUCUGAUAGGUCGACUUCCGAGGUCCAUUACGAGGAGGGAGACGAGAACGAGCCAUAGAGUUGGCCAACACUGGUGAAAAUACGGACAGUGGAAUUUCUGGGCUGGUUAGAAUAGUUCUUGUUUUCCUGAAGUACUUGCAGAAGCCGUAAUUCAGUGAAGGUUGCGGCUCUUCUAGGACUGUUUCAACUUCUAAUGGUACAUAAUACGUACUUAAGAGAUA